ACAAAACCAUUUAAGUCCAAAAACUGCAUUCAUGAGUUAAAAUAAUGUUACAGCCCACAUUUUUUGCUGCUUUUGCAGAUGAACUGGGUCACUGUGACUUUUUAAAUGGAUGCAGCUGCUUAUCUGUGAUUACGUAAGACUUUAAUGUCAUCCAGGGUUAAUGCUAUAUAAAUAAAUUAAUUGAACUUGUCACAGUCAGCCAACGGUCUGCUAUAUUUUGACCGUGCUUGUGUGCUGCAUGAGAGUGUGCUGCUUGGAAUAGCCGAGCCAUGUGAUUCCUCCAGAUUCUAUUUCGGAGCAGCAGCCGUCAAACACACUGCUCUUUUCACAGCAAGCUUGAGGAAGAGUUAAAUAAAUCCAUCUUUUAAUCUCUGUAUCUGUCUUAGUUUUUGUAAAACACAACUCUUACAUCGACAGGUGUCUGCAGGUGGAUUCAGGGUGUCAGUGACCUUUCCCCCUCUCCCCUGUGACCUUAGAACCCCAGACGUUCUUCUCCCCCUCCCCUUCCUGAGGUCAGACCGAGAUCCAUGGCACUGCAGAGUCUCCUGGGAUUUGGGAAGCAGUUGCUGAGGGUGAAGGUGGUGGACUGUAACUCAGAGGACUCCCGUCUGUCUCGAUGCCUUAACACGUUUGACCUGGUGGCCCUGGGCGUGGGCAGCACGCUUGGUGCUGGCGUCUAUGUGCUGGCUGGUGCUGUUGCACGUGAGAACUCUGGUCCUGCCAUUGUUCUGUCUUUCCUGAUAGCAGCCCUCGCCUCAGUGAUGGCUGGUCUAUGCUAUGCAGAGUUUGGAGCUCGUGUUCCCAAGACAGGCUCAGCUUACCUUUACUCCUAUGUGACUGUAGGUGAACUCUGGGCCUUUAUCACUGGAUGGAACCUCAUCCUCUCCUAUAUCAUUGGUACCUCCAGUGUGGCCCGGGCAUGGAGCGCCACCUUCGAUGAGCUGUUAGGGAGGCGCAUAGAGGCAUUCAGCAGAGAGUACAUGUACAUGAAUGCACCGGGCGUCUUAGCAGAAUACCCUGAUGUGUUCGCUGUUUUUAUCAUAAUCACCCUCACUGGUCUGUUGGCAUUUGGUGUCAAAGAGUCAGCCAUGGUGAACAAGGUCUUUACCUGUGUCAACAUCCUAGUGCUGUUGUUCAUGGUGGUCUCUGGCCUGGUCAAAGGUACUUUAAAGAACUGGCAGCUUGACCCGGAAGAGAUCCUAUAUGCCAAUCAUACCAGUAACUCCAGCUUCAAUCUGACAGGCAUCCUGCCUACCAAGGAGAGUUUAGGAGUGGGCGGCUUCAUGCCCUUUGGUUUCUCCGGCGUCCUAUCGGGAGCUGCUACCUGCUUUUACGCCUUUGUCGGAUUUGACUGCAUCGCCACCACAGGUGAAGAGGUGAAGAACCCCCAGAGAGCCAUCCCUAUUGGCAUCGUAUCAUCACUGCUCAUCUGCUUUGUAGCCUACUUUGGUGUUUCUGCAGCCCUCACCCUCAUGAUGCCUUACUACCUGCUGGACAGCAACAGCCCUCUGCCUGUAGCCUUCAACUAUGUGGGUUGGGGAGGAGCCAAAUAUGCUGUUGCUGUAGGCUCUCUGUGUGCUCUGUCCACUAGUCUGUUGGGUUCCAUGUUCCCCCUCCCCCGAAUCAUCUUUGCCAUGGCUCGGGAUGGCCUGCUCUUCUCCUUCCUGUCCCGUGUCAGCGAGAGGAAAUCCCCCAUAACGUCCACUGUGACCGCCGGGGUUAUGUCUGCUAUCAUGGCAUUUCUGUUCGACCUGAAGGACCUGGUGGACCUUAUGUCAAUAGGAACGCUGUUGGCUUACACACUGGUGGCUGCAUGUGUCCUCGUACUCAGGUACCAGCCUGAGCAGCCUAGUCAGGUGUAUGAGAUGGCCAGUACCCUGGAAGAGGACAUGAGUGACGGCAUCAGUGUCCCAAGUAUGGGCAUCCUGCCAGGUGUGGAGGAGAGGUUCAGCUUCAAGACCCUCCUGUUCCCAGACAACAAUGAACCAUCAGCACUUUCAGGCUUCUCUGUCAACAUCUGCGCCUCCUUGCUGGGAACAUUGAUCCUGGCGUUCAGUGUGCUCGCAGUGCAGGGUGGCACUGCUUCUUGGAACAUCGUAAUCCUCAGUGUCAUCUUCAUGGUGUGUGUCUUUCUCACCUUCGUCGUCGGGAGGCAACCAGAGAGCAAGACAAAGCUUUCUUUCAAGGUUCCACUGCUACCCUUCCUUCCAGUCGUCAGCAUGUUUGUCAAUGUUUACCUGAUGAUGCAGCUUGACAGAGGCACUUGGAUACGGUUUUCUAUCUGGAUGGCGAUAGGUUUUGUAAUAUACUUCUGCUACGGCAUCCAUCACAGUACUGAGGGCUCCUUAUCCCGCUCGUCUCCAGAAACAGAGAUGGAAGGCGACGGUGAAUCAGAGGCCAGGUCCACAGAAAAGGAGGCCUUCCUGCACUAUGGGAUCGAAGCCAGGGAAGAGGACGAUGGAGAUUUGUAGGAAGCCUUAGAACAUGCUGCUUACAUUUCAACCUGCCCUGACGCCGGUCUGUCUGUGUAAGACUAUUUUUGACAGCACAACUCCCAGUCCCUCACUGGCAGUACUCCUCUUUGAAGGAAGUUUUAAUGUGUAACCUUGACCUAAAAUUCAGAAACCUGUGACCCCCCCCUUUGACUGCUGGUUAGAACAACAGGAUUUCUGAAGCUAUAAUUGAAGUGCUCCUUCAUGUUACAUCAGUAUUUUGAAAUAGUUUUGUUAAACCUUUUGUUGCCCUUGAGCUUCAGAGGCAUGUUAUCGCUGGCUAACUGAUGAGGGAGGGCUCAGGCUAAACACAUGACUCAUGUCAGUGUUUCUGGGAGGUUCUGGGAGACAAUAAUAUUUGUUUCUCCUCAGGAUGGGUCACAAAAUCUUCUCUGGAGAGUGUCUGGGUUACAUUGCUGGCAGUGGGACAAUGUGCACAUGUGGUAACAGCUUUUGUCUGGGUGCCUUUCUUCCGAUUACAACAUGUAUAUAUUAACAUAAAUCCGAAAAAAUCUGAUUUAAAGGUUAGUGAGAAAUACAGAUUGUGCUAAACCUUUUUCCAAUUCUUGUGCAACCGAAUGAUUGAAAUGAUCUCCAACAGGCUGAUAAGUGGCAGGAUUUCACAAUACAUUGCAACACAAUCGCCGUGAUAAUAAUAUAAUUUCUCUUGUUCACAAACCGGAAAGGCUAGAUGGCCGAUGGCUGUGAACGUUGGCCGGCGGACAGGAAGCCAUAGCUUACAGUUAGCAUGAGUCAAACCCUUAAGUCCAAAGGAUUGCUUUAAUACCAUCUGAGGUCCAAGGCUUUUUUUGCAAAAGGGAAAGCUUGGCCUCCCUGGGUGUUAGAGUAUUAGCAGGGAGCAGUUUGGAAAAUAAUCAGCCAUGGAUUUGGCUGCAUAUUAUGAUGCAGAAACAGCUGUAAAAAUACAGUUUAGCAACAUCUCCUGUUGGAAUCUGAGUUACUAAGAUUUAAAUAGAGAUUUGAGGAAGAUUUAAAAGCAGGACAACAUUUG